CACCCGGCGUCACCAGGAAGUGCGCUGAACCCACGCAGGCAACAUGGCGGAGUGCACAGACGCACGCGACGAAGAGAUGCCUGAGCUCUCUGACGAAGAGGAGGAUGAAGAACAGUGGCUGGAGGAGGAAGAGGAGGAGGAGGAGGAGGCGGCGGUCAGCUGUCUGUUCUGUGACAGGUCUCUGAGCUCUGUCCCUGCCACCUUGCAGCACUGCACAGCCGAGCAUCACAUCAACCUUGUGGACGUGAUCAGAAAACACAGUUUAGACGACUACGGAUACAUCAAGAUGAUCAACUUCAUCCGGUCAAAAAAAUGUGAUGCAUCCUGUUUGACGGGGCUGUCGGACGGCCCCUUGCCCUGGGAGAGUGAAGACUUCCUGCGGCCUGUCCUCCAGGACGACCCCCUGCUGCAGACAGAUCCUGAGGAGCUCUGUGACAGUCAGGGGUCAGGUGUGUCGGCGUGCCCGUCGUCCGGGGCUGGGUCCCAUGAUGCACUGCUGCAGAGGGCCCAGGCCGCCGAGGAGAGGGCCCGUCAGUCGGAGGAGGCGUUGUCCCGCGCCAUGGACGACCUGCACAAACUCAAGCUUCUGGCUCAGGGGCUGGUGCUGAAUGCAGCAACGGGCCGAGCCGGUAACCUGGGCACCGUGGCCGAGCUCCGGGAGGACGAGGACGAGGCCUACUUCGGCUCCUACGGCCAUUAUGGCAUCCACGAGGAGAUGCUGAAGGACAAAGUGCGCACGGAGAGUUACCGAGACUUCAUGUACCGCAACCCUGAUGUGUUCAGAGACAAGGUGGUGCUAGACGUGGGCUGUGGCACUGGCAUACUGGCCAUGUUCGCUGCCAGAGCCGGGGCCAAGAUGGUUAUUGCAGUCGACCAAUCAGAAAUCAUCUAUCAAGCCAUGGACAUAGUGAGGGCCAACCAGUUGGAGGACAAGAUCACUCUGAUUAAAGGACGCAUUGAAGACAUCAGCCUCCCUGUGGAGAAGGUGGACAUCAUCAUCUCGGAGUGGAUGGGUUACUUCUUGCUGUUUGAAUCCAUGCUGGACUCUGUGCUGUACGCCAGGGACCUCUACUUAGCUGAUGGCGGCUCAGUCUAUCCAGACCUUUGUAACAUCAGCCUGGCAGCAGUGGGCGACACGCAGAGGCACCAAGACCGCAUUGCAUUCUGGGACGACGUGUACGGCUUCAACAUGGCGUGCAUGAAGAAAGCGGUGGUGCCCGAGGCCGUGGUCGAGGUGGUGAAAGCAGACUCCCUCAUCUCUGAACCUGCAGUCAUACAGACGCUUGACUGUAACAGAGUUUGCCUGUCUGAGCUGGAGUUUGCAUCGGACUUCUGCUUAAAGAUAACAAACACUACAGAAUGCACUGCAGUUGUCGGCUACUUUGACAUUUUCUUCGACAAAGGCUGCGGCAACAAGGUGACGUUCUCCACGGGUCCUCAAGACACAAAGACGCACUGGAAACAGACUGUGUUCCUGCUGGAGAGGCCCAUUCCUGUCCAAGCAGGGGAGGAGCUCCAGGGAAAGAUCAACGUGCGUAAGAACAAGAAGGAUCCUCGCGCGCUGCUCGUCACCCUUGAACUCGGAGACAGGAAGCAGACCUACAGCCUUCAGUGACAUCGACCUUCACGUAGCUCAGCUAAUAUAGACCUUUUUUUUUAAAUUGACACUUCACAACAUAUGACAGUAGGGGAGUAAAAUACUUGAUUCUUAUGUUUUAAAUGUAAGAAAUGUUUCUGUACCUUAAUAACAAUAAAAAACAUGAGAUUUC